CUAAGAACGUCCUCCCUCUCGCUCUCUCUCUCUCUCUCUCUCUCUCUCUCUCGCUCUCUGAAAAGCAAUUCAAAUUCCUCCGCCACCUUCUCGCUCUGCAACGGAAUCUCUCUCUCUCUCUCUCUCUCUCUCUAGGUUUUCCGGUGCCGGCGAUGGGGCAGCAGUCGCUGAUCUACAGCUGCGUGGCGCGGGGCACGGUGGUGCUGGCGGAGUACACGGAGUUCACCGGGAACUUCACCGCCGUGGCGUCGCAGUGCCUGCAGAAGCUCCCCGCCACGAGCAACAGGUUCACCUACAACUGCGACGGCCACACCUUCAACUACCUCGUCGAUGACGGCUUCAUUUACUGUGUAGUUGCUGUUGAGUCCGUUGGUCGGCAAGUCCCAAUUGCCUUUCUCGAGCGGAUCAAGGAGGAAUUCACCAAGAGAUAUGCCGGAGGAAAAGCUACUACUGCAGUUGCUUAUAGCCUGAACAAGGAUUUUGGGCCCAAACUGAAGGAGCAGAUGCAGUACUGUGUGGACCAUCCUGAGGAGAUCAGCAAGAUCUCUAAAGUGAAAGCCCAGGUUUCAGAGGUUAAAGGAGUUAUGAUGGAAAACAUCGAGAAAGUGCUCGAUCGGGGAGAGAAGAUUGAACUUCUGGUGGAUAAAACAGAGAACCUCCGCUCUCAGGCACAAGAUUUCAGGCAGCAGGGUACGAAGAUGAGGAGGAAGAUGUGGUUGCAGAACAUGAAGAUAAAGCUGAUUGUGCUGGGAAUAUUGAUCGCUCUGAUCCUCAUCAUUGUACUCUCCAUCUGCAGCAAUCACAAGUGUCACUAAAUUUUGCUGCUGCUCACAGGUCUUACUAUACGGUGCUAAAUCACAUCACAUGAUCUUCUCUUCGGUAUUUAUCCUAUAGCCAAAGAAUACUCUUGAACCGCCAGUGUGUAUAGAUUUUAGUGUCUUUUGAUGUGUGGAAAUCGAAAAUUGCUGCGUCAUUGUACUAGAGUGAACCGUUCUUGUUGAUAUUUGUUUCAAGAAAGAACUUUUGAUACUCCAUUCUCUUGGUCCAGAAGCUGAAUAUAUUGCUGAAAGAAUUGCAUCUUACCUUUUA